GGUGAGGAACUAAGACAAAUGGUGACACGAGUGGGACACCAUGUUGAAAUAGAAGACGUUGAAUUGUGGGGGUCUUGAGCCGUAUUUAUCGGGCCCGUUGCAACGCACGGGCAUGUUUACUACUCCCUCCGUUCCUAAAUACUUGUCUUUCUAGGCAUUUCAACAAGUGACUACAUACGGAGCAAAAUGAGUGAAUCUACACUUUAAAAUAUGUCUACAUACAUCCGUAUGUAGUAGUCAUUUGAAAUGUCUAGAAAGACAAAUAUUUAGAAACGGAGGGAGUAGUAUAGAAAAAGGGAGAUAAAGGAAGACCUACCCAGUCCCCCGCCGUCACCCAUCACCACCACUCCACCACUCCUUUCUUUCGAAGCUUACUGCACCACUCCUUUUUGCUUUGCUCCGGGACAGAUCGAGCGAGAUCCAGGAUGAACUCCCGGCCAGCGACCAUGGCGGAGGCCGCACCGCCUCCUCUCCUCGGCGGCCUCCCUGACGAAAUCGCCAUCUGGGAGAUCCUCGUCCGCCUGCCCCCCAAAGACCUCCUCCGCUGCCGUGCCGUCUGCCGUGCCUGGCGCUGCACCACCUCCACCCGCGACUUCCUCCUCGCCCACCACGCCCGCCAGCCCUCCCUCCCUCUCUCCUACGUCAAAAAUUACGGCGGCGACCUUUUCACCCUAGACAUCAUCUCCUUCGACCACCAGGGAGGGGCCGCCACCCCCCAGACCGUCGCGCGACUUCGCCGCCAUAUCUUAAUUCCGAGGGUCUCCUGCGACGGCUUAAUCGUCUUCUGGAUAGAAUGCAAAGCUGGUCAACAACUAUUCAUCUGCAACCCGGCGACUCGUCAGUAUGGUUGCCUCCCGAUGCUUUUUGGCGGUCCCCUAUCCGCCGUGGGGAUGCCUUUUGGCGCUCCCCGACCCGUGGCCGUGGGGAUGUACUCACACAGCCCAACCGGCGAGUACCGACUAGUAUUGCUGCAGAAAGCUGAAGCACCAGAUGGCUCCUCCCUCGUCUACACAUACGCUUUAGGCUCCAGCCAGCCGCCGUGGCACCUACACAUCGAAGGCCCCAAUUUGAACGAACUGGUAUUCUCGCGCGGACCUUUCCUGUUCCGUGGUAGCCUGCAUUGGUGCAUAAGCAACAUGAUAAUUGUGUUCGACACCGUCGCUGAGUCGUUCCGGCAGAUGCGCACUCCAGUUGUUCCUAAUUUGUCUGAUCUGUUUGAGAUGGAUGGAAUGCUCGGCAUGUCCAGUUUUGAUGAUUACAAUGAUGACGAGCCAAUUGUUGAUAUCUGGAUGAUGCAGGACUACGAGCACGAGGUCUGGGCUUUUAAAUACCGGGUUGAAAUACCGUAUGCGGAGCUCACCUUGCAGUUUGGAUUGUUUUACCCGCGUGAUUGUGUGGUGUUUACUUCUUGGGUUGGCGAUGUGGUAGUGCUGGUCCCGUUUGGCCGCUGGCUACUUCAGCUUGACGUGGGUGGCAAGCUGGUUGCCAGUUUCGAGGACAGCGGUGGACUCAUUGGUCAGCCAUAUCAGCUCAAGCAAACUCUUGUUCAGCAUACCUUCUUUCCUACACUAGAGGGUUAUGUUGUCAAUGGUUCGCCUUUCAUCUGAAGAGAAGAUUAUGUUGUGAACACGUAGCCUUUCAUCCGAGGGCUGUUGACUCUGGUGGUGCUGUCGUAUGUAUUAACCGGGUCCACUGUGAGCCCACUACCUGCUUUGCUAAUAUAUUAAAAAUAAUGAUGAAGAAGCUUGGAUUAUGUUAUGGCCAGCUUAGUUUAUAUCUGGAAGAGGCCCACCGGGCAGUAGUUAGGGGGCUUGGCCCACAAGUUAUCUUAGGUUAAUUAUUAUGCAAGUUAUCUAGGUUAUAAAUAUAGGCUGUAAGACUCUUUCGGAAUCAAGCAAUAAGAAGAAUAUUAUCUUCUAUUGCCCGGCUCCCUGAGGAGCCGGAAACCCUAGCCACCAACAGCCCUAACCGCCGCCGCCCUUCUCCUAGCUCGCGACGGCGCCCUGCCGCCGGCGCGCCCGUUCCUCGCCACGCCCUCCUCCAUCCUUCCCUUACCACCUACGGCCUAGACCUGGUAGAGUACUUGAUUCUAC